GCCAGACCGAGCUCCUCAAGGUCACAACCUCCUCGUGGUGGGUCUCCACGGCCCAGACCGAGCUCCCCGAGGCCACAACCUCCUCGUGGUGGAUCUCCACAGGCCAGACUGAGCUCCCCAAGGCCACAACCUCCUUGUG